AUGGAUAUUAAAGAUCGUACACUUGAAUUCCAGCAGUCGGUGACUACCUACAGCAAGAGACAUGCUAAACAGCUGAAUGGUCUCGGUGGUGGGCAAGAAAGAGAACCUCAACCCCUAAAGAAAUCAGAGUUUCAGCAGCGUGCUUCUCAAAUUUCACACCACAUUGCAGAAGUAGCUCAAUUGCUAGGGAAACUUGCCCAGUUAGCCAAGCGAAAACCAAUGUUUAAUGACAAUCCGAUUGAAAUUGCAGAGAUGACAUACUUAAUUAGGCGGAGGAUACAUAAUAUAGAACAUGAAAUGACCGAGCUUUCAAAACAUUGCUCCAAGAAUGGUAGUUUGGAAAGCAAAGGGGCUACACAGGCAAUACAGCAUACAAAAAACGUGGUAAAUUUAUUAAAUACUAAGAUGAAGAACGUUAGUGGAGAUUUCAAAAGUGUCCUUGAAGCGCGUCAAAAGUUGGAGAUUGCGAACAAAGAUAGAUGGGAACGGAUAGGAAGCGAUGGCACUAAGGGACCUGGAGGAUCAAUGCAAGGUGAUGUUGGAAGAAAUCUAACUGCAGCAGCAGCAACUGCGGUUUCCUAUAAUAGUGCAAACCCCUUUAUGAGUAGCGUUAUAGAAGAGGAUAGCAGAAGUAAUGCAAGUGCGUCCGACCAACUUAUCUUCCCCAGCGAACAAGCUCUCCUUCUCGAAGAACAACAAAACGCGAAUCAAAUAUAUUUACAUGAAAGGAGUCGUGCAGUGGAGACGAUCGAAUCUACUAUACAAGAAGUGGGUAAUUUAUUCCAACAAUUAGCACACAUGGUCCAAGAACAAGGCGAGACAAUUCAAAGAAUCGAUGCAAAUGUUGAAGAUAUCGAUUUAAAUAUAAGCGGUGCCCAAAGGGAACUAUUGAAGUACUUAGAUAGAAUCAGUAGCAAUCGUUGGAUGGCGGUGAAGAUCUUUGCUAUCAUCUUCAUAUUCUUUUUAAUUUGGGUAUUGAUAAGUUGA